AUGGAGUGUUUUCACUCUUCGUGUCCAAAUCUGAGCGCAGGAGCGGCGAAUCAGUAUUUGUCGCUGCUCUUCAACUAUCUUAGCAUUGCUCAAUGUUCGCUCGCGACUCCGGAAAUUUGGCCCAGAGAUUUCGGAGACUUCGCCAUCAGAAAAGGGUUCGAGGAGUACGAUUUCAUCGUCGUGGGCGCAGGAUCUGCAGGAUCUGUUGUCGCCAAUCGCCUGAGCGAGAAUCCGGACUGGAACGUUCUUCUCCUGGAAGCUGGAGGAGAUCCUCCGAUUGAAUCAGCGAUUCCAGGACUUUUUACUACAUUGACGAAUACAAAGUAUUCUUGGAGUUACCCAGCUGAAGCGUCGGAUUUGCACAGCUUAUUUGUCGUAAAUGGUGGGAUUUGGUAUCGAGGCAAAAUGUUAGGAGGAUCAAGUUCAAUUAACGAAAUGAUUUAUGUGAGAGGAAAUAAGGAAGACUUCGACACUUGGGAAGCUCUUGGGAACCCAACUUGGGGAUGGAGUAACGUCUUAGAAUAUUUCAAGAAAUCAGAAGACAAUCAGGAUUUCAAUGGAUUCUAUCACUCACAAAAUGGACCAUUAUCUGUGGAGCUUUUCACAAAUAAUGACACUAUGAAUAGUGUUAUCAUUGAAGCAGCUAAAGAAAUGGGCUUCACAUUUCUUCCGGACAUUAAUGCUGAUGAAUACAUUGGCUAUACAUCCUUGCAAGGGACUUUGCGAUCGGGAGUGAGAGACAGCACGGCAACGGCGUUUCUUAAUCCAAUCAAAGACAGACCGAAUCUUCACGUCGUGAAACACGCGCACGUUUACAAUCUGGAGAUCGACGAAAACGGCGAAGUUUUCGGAGUUACAAUGAACUUGAGAGGACAGAAGAUCCUGAAAGCCUUCGCGAAGAAGGAAGUGAUUCUAAGUGCUGGCGUCAUUGCAUCACCGCAAAUUCUCAUGUUGUCCGGAAUCGGACCUGCGCUUCAUCUGCAAAACUUGGGAAUUCCAGUGAUUCUCGAUCUUCCAGUUGGCAAGAACUUGCAAGAACAUCCUGAUGUUUUCCUUGUUGUCACAUUAAAUCCCACAAAUGAUUUGCCAAUACCUGAAACUGCCGCAUUGCAGAGUUUCUUUCAAUACUUGGUUCAACACGCGGGAGAAUUUGCAACAAUUGGAAUAACACAAACAAUGGGAUUCGUCAAUGUUCAGGAUCCACUGGGAAAAUAUCCAGACUUUCAAUACAUUCAUUUAUACUUUAGGAAAGGACAAAUCAACGAACUUGCGACACUGUUCAAAAUUUACAGUUAUAGCGAGGAACUUUCUCAGUCAAUUACGAAACUUCUUGAAACUUCAGAUCUUCUCAUCGUGCCUUUGUUUUACUUGAAGGAAAAGUCCAGAGGAGAAAUAUUACUAAGGAGCGCCGAACCUAUGGAAAAACCACGAAUUAUUCCAAACUUUCUAGCCGAACGCUCAGAUACCGAAGCUUUCGUCAAAGCUAUUCGGUUGUUUAUAAACUUCCUUCAAACGAAAUCUCUUGCUGCAUUUGAUGCAAAACUAUUCCACGUUCCGAUUCCCGAAUGCGACGCUUAUGGCUUUAAUUCUGACGAAUAUUGGGCUUGUUAUUGCAAAUAUAUUAUUAUUCCGGGUGCACACACUGUUGGAACUGUGAAAAUGGGUCCUGAUUCGGAUCCUGGCGCAGUUGUCGAUCACAGAUUGCGAGUCAAAGGCGCCAAAGGCUUGAGAGUCAUCGACGCGAGCAUUAUGCCUUUAAUCACGAGCGGAAACACAAACGCGCCCACAAUUAUGAUCGCGGAGAAAGCUUCAGAUUUCGUGAAGGAAGAUUGGGGAUUUAAGGAUUGA